AUGACGGACAUCAAGCAAACCACGAGCGUCCACUCGGUCAUCUCGAGCGGCGCCGGUGCAGAUGCCAAGCUCGCCUCGCUGGGCUACAAUUCCGAGCUCAAGCGCAACCUGAGCAUGUUCACCAUCCUGGGUCUGAGCUUCUCCAUCAUUGCCGCGCCCUUUGGUCUGAGCACGGCCUUCUCGAUCGCCCUCACCUGUGGUGGACCCGUGACCAUCCUCUACGGCUGGCUGGUGGUCUCGCUGAUCUCGCUCUGCAUGGCCGCCUCUCUCGCCGAGCUGUGCUCCAUGUACCCGACCUCGGGCGGAGUCUAUGUAUGGGCCGCCUUUGUCUCGACCAAAAAGUGGGCCCCCUUGACAUCGUGGAUCGUGGGCUGGGUCUCUCUCGUCGCCAACUGGACCCUGUGUCUCUCGAUCAACUUUGGCGGCGCUCAACUCAUCAUGGCGGCCAUCUCGCAGUUUAGGGGCAACGAGUGGGCGCCCGAAGCUUGGCAGACCAUCCUCACCUUCUGGGCGUGCAUGCUCAUCGCCGCCGUCGUCAACGCUUACGGCGUCAAGUACAAUUACCUGGAUCGCCUCAACACGUGGAGCUUCUACUGGACCGCCGCGGGCACCGUGAUUAUCGGCAUCACCAUCCUGGCGCGCGCCAAGGACGGGAGGAAGGAUGCCGAGUUUGUGUUUGCCGGGUGGGAGAACUCGUCGGGGUGGCCGGAUGGGUGGGCGUUCUUUGUUGGGCUGCUGCAGGCCGCGUACACGCUGACGGGGUACGGAACCGUCGCGGCGCUGUGCGAGGAGGUGGCCGAGCCGGAAAAGCAGGUGCCCAAGGCGAUCGUGUGGUCCGUCGUCGCAGCCAGCAUCACCGGUUUCGUCUACCUCAUUCCGGUGCUAUUUGUUCUGACUCCGGAUGCUGCGGAUCUGCUCUCGACGGCGGCAGGGCAGCCGAUCCCCGUUCUGUUCUCACUCGCCACAGGUUCGGCGGGUGGCGGCUUUGGUCUGCUGUUCAUCAUCCUCGGCGUAUUCGCUUUCGCAGGCAUUGGUUCGCUCACCGUCGCCCUCCGCUGCACCUGGGCCUUCGCCCGUGACGGCGCGAUCCCAGGCAGCAAAUACUGGGCCAAAGUCAACAAGUCGCUCGACCUCCCCCUCAACGCGCUCAUCCUCAGCACCGUCGUCGUCUCGCUCCUCGGUCUCAUCUACCUCGGAAACACCGCCGCCUUUUCGGCCUUCACCGGCGUCGCCACCAUCUGCCUCAGCAUCAGCUACGGCAUCCCCAUCGUCAUCGCCAUGUUCCGUCGCCGCAAGAUGCUCGAAGGCGCCCCCUGGAACCUGGGCCGGUUUGGAUACGUGAUCAACGCGAUCACGUUUGUGUGGAUCGUGCUGGCGACCGUGUUGUUCUGCAUGCCCACGGCCAAGGAUGUCACGGCACCGACGAUGAACUAUGCGAGCGUGGUGUUUGCCUUCUUCUUUGUGCUCAGUGCGGCUUGGUGGUUCGCAUGGGGCAGUCGGCACUAUGUUGGUCCGCUCGGUGCUGCGCCGGAGGACGCGGUUGCGCAGAUCAGGCCGGAGCACGCCCAUGCGGCGCAUAAGGAGGACGCAAAGCCGACGGUGGAAGUCGCCAGCCACAGCUCGGAGGAGAAGUAG